AUGCUUGGUUUCUUUGUAACUAUUAUUGUUGGACGUUGGAAUGAAUACUUUAACAAUGUCGGAUGGGUGGACAACACCGCCUUAGUGAUGUCCACAUAUCUGCGCGGAAACGACGAGAAGAGUCGUAUGAUGCGAAGAAAUGUUAUACGAUACAUGGUACUUACUCAGGUACGUGAGCUUUCUUUAGUAACGCGAGAGCCUUUACUGCAGGGGCCCUCGAAAAUUUCGCGUGAAAUAGGGCGAAGGCUGAUUUUGCAGGUGCUUAUCUUCAGAGACGUCAGUAUGCAGGUUCGGCGACGGCUUCCUACUCUAGAUACUGUCGUCGCUGCAGGUUCGUAA